AUGGCAGGAGAGCAGCCCAGGGCAGCAGCGCCCCAGCCACAGGGGCCGGGGCUGGAGCAGGGAGCCGCCAGCAGAAGCGCUGGCACACUUACCCUUGUUCCCGAGGAGGAGAAGGUGGCCAGGGCACUGCUUGCUGCACUCUGGCCCAGGGGACACUCCCUCCUGCUGCUGCUGCUGCUGCUGCUGCUGCUUCUGCUGCUGACACCAGGGCUGUGCAGCCCCUGCCCCUCCCUGAGUCAGCAUCCCCCAGGUGCCAGCCCAGCACAUCCCACUGCCCAAAUGUCCUGCUACGACCUGUGCCCACCCAGGAGCAGCGCUGACCUGUGCCCAGUGCCCAGGACCAGCGUGGCUGUGCCCCAGCCCAUCGCUGAGAGCUGCAACGAGCUGUGCGCCCGCCAGUGCCCCGACUCGUCUGCCUUCAUCCAGCCCCCGCCCGUGGUGGUCACCUUCCCCGGCCCCAUCCUCAGCUCCUUCCCCCAGCAGGCCGUGGUGGGCUCCUCCGGAGCACCGGCCUUUGGCGGCUCCCUGGGGCUGGGCGGCCUCUACGGCGCCGGCGCCACCCAGGCCUCGGGGGGCCUCUGCACCUUUGGCAGAGCCUACGCUGCUCCCGCCUGCAGCCCUUGCGCCCUGCCCCGCUACAGCAAGAAGCUCUGGGACACCUGCGGGCCCUGCUAG